AUGUCGGUGAACAAAAGUUUCAUGCGCAGAUUGCGUCCUCUCUCGCAGACCGGCACCUCCACAUCUACACCAGCGUUUUGCAACCCGGUUCGAUGCCGAUCAGUAUCUUUGCACGUCCGCCCUGCCUCUACGGCCGUCGCUUCGACAUCGUCGAGCAGCAGUAGCUCUGCCUCUGUAUCUGUAGCACCCGCAUCUUCGAACACCUACGUUCACGAUCCGACCCCCAACGUUCACCUUCCUCGGUUGGCACGCACCGAACCAGAAGUUUAUGCUGCUGUACGACCACCGCCUCUGGCAGCAUUUGCUGCAUUGACCGCUCGUCUUGGCCUUAUCCCGUCGUCUGUCGAUUCGGAAACGCGCGACCGUCGCAUUCGAUUGGUUCACCAGGCAUGCACCCAUCCAUCUUUCCAGACGCUUGUCGACCAGGCCAAUGCAUCGGCUAACUUGCAACUCGAACCCGGAGCUGCUGUGUCCGGGCUGACAAAGAAGCAAGGUGCAGAUGAACUCGACGCAGUCCAAUUCCUCGCAUUACCAUCCGAAGGCGUCGAACAUCAUGCAGCACUGGCAACUGUAGGCAACUCGCUGCUUGGAAUGCUCGCAACUGAACACCUUCACCUCCGAUAUCCCAACCUUCCCACUCGCGUACUCAAAGCAGCUGUCUCGGCCUACGUUGGGCCCUCGACGCUCAGCGAUGUCGGUUCCGAGCUCGGUCUCGCUGCGCAGAACAUCUUGCGUUGGAACAAGCAAGCUCGUGCGCCCGGUAGUGGCUUUACUCAAAACCGUGGCGGUCGCGGAGCUGCGCCACGCAGCACCAACUCGGCCACGCGCACUUUGCUUUCCCGAGACGUAGCAGCUGACGCCAUGCGUGCCAUUGUCGCCGUCAUCUUCCAAGAACAGGGUCUCUCCGCUGCACGCAACUUUGUCACAUCUCAUUUCUUGUCUCGCGGUUUCAACCUUUCAGCGCUGCUCAAGUUCAACGAUCCCAAACACGCGCUUUCCUCCACCUGCGCCAAGUACGGUAAAUCGCCACCGCAGUCUCGUAUGAUCGCCGAGAGUGGUCGGUUGAGCAUCAGCCCCGUAUUCGUGGUGGGCGUUUGGAGUGGAGAGACCAAGAUCGGUGAGGGCAGCGGAAGCAGUAUCAGGAUGGCAGAGUUUAGAGCUGCCGAGGAUGCUUUGAGGAGAUUGUAUCUCGCCGAAACGCCGUUGGGUGACUUUGACCUGCCCAGCUGUACCCUGGAUCACGAGUUUGGUGGAAGCAGCCAAGUGGCCCAGUUCCAACCGCAGCCCAUUGGCGAGGCUGAAGUGCUUGCUGCGGCGGGAAAGAAUAGCUCAUAA